UCCACAGCACUCUAAUCCAUUCGUCCACUUCUUUCAGGAGCGAUUGCAGCUCAGCAAAAUUUUUAAUCUUUGUCAUCCACUUGCUUUUCCAGUUUUCUAGUUCUCUUAAAGCUGCAAGAAAAUGCUACCUGCAACCUUCAAACUGUGUGCUGGCAUCUCCUACCGGCAUAUGAGGAACAUGACAAGUUUGAGGAAGAAUGCAAUGGUGGCCAUUCACCACGAGUUGAACAGACUGGCAGGUCCGGGCCCCAGUAACUGGAUCAACCAAGUCCGAAGAAGAAGCUCCCUCCUCAGUUCCCGGAUUGAAGAGGAAGAGGGGUACAGCGAUGAAGAGAUGUCUUAUGUGAAGCAAGGUGAGGAUGCCCUGCAGAAGGCCAUCAGCAUCCUCAGCGACCAGGACGGCUGGACCACUGAAAUUGUGGCUGCGAAUGGAGACAAAGUCCUGAGUAAGAUGUUGCCUGACAUUGGGAAGGUGUUCAAGCUGGAAGUGAUGUUGGAGCAGCGUCCUGACAAUCUUUACAAAGAGCUGGUGGGAAAUAUGGAGCAAAUGGGGGAGUGGAACCCUAACGUCAAACAGGUCAAGAUCCUUCAAAAGAUCGGCCAAGACACAAUGGUUACCCAUGAGGUAUCCGCAGAGACACCCGGCAAUGUGGUGGGACCAAGGGACUUUGUCAGCGUCCGCUGUGCCAAGCGCCGGGGCUCCACCUGCUUCUUGGCUGGGAUGUCCACUCAGCACCCGAAAAUGCCUGAGCAGAGGGGUGUUGUCAGAGCGGAGAAUGGACCUACCUGUAUAGUUAUGAAGCCAUGUGCUGAAGACCCAAACAAGACCAAGUUCACUUGGUUACUAAAUAUAGAUCUAAAGGGCUGGAUCCCAAAGACAAUCAUAAACAAAGUGCUCUCUCAGACGCAGGUGGACUUUGCCAACCACCUCCGGCAAAGGAUGGCUAAUAAUGUUUCUAUGGAGAUGGCUCACGCCUGCUGACACAAGAUGCCUCUUGAGCUGAGCUUUGGCAGAGUGCGCUCAACAGUGGCAGAAGACCAUCCCUGCUCAUUAAAAGAAAACCUCUAAAUGUGCUUAUAACUACUGAAGAAAUAUGAAAACUCAGAUAGCAUUAAGGAGAUAAAAUGGAGAUGAUGCUUGUCUGGGAUUUUAGGAAACUCUGGGCACAGAUAUUGAUUUCAAUUGGCAUAUAUGUGUUUUUCUUGCCCUGCUUAAAUAGAAAACCUGUCAUGAGAUUUUGCUUCACUUAUAACAAUCUUACCCACUAUGUACCUUAACAGUUUCUGACCAUCUACACCACUCCAAUCCACCUUGGCAGACAUGUUGAGGCAGUGUGUGCAGUAAAAUAUGUAACAAACUGCACAUUGUUUCCUUCUGAUAACACCCCAGUUAUUGUCACUGCCUCUUGCUGUGAAAGUGCACUUUUAUUUCAGUGUUUUAUUUAUUGAUAUUGCGCAGAUGAAUUACAUUACAAUGACUGCCAAGUGAAUAAACGAUUGCAAUGCCA